AUGGACAAGCAUGUCAUCGGUGUGCUGGGCGGCGGCCAACUGGGUCGCAUGCAGGUGGAAGCGGCCAACAGACUGAAUAUCCAAAUGGCCGUCCUUGAUAGCGAGAAUGCACCAGCCAAACAGAUCAACCUGGUCGCAUCUGACAAGCAUGUCACCGGUUCUUUCGCCAAGGCCUCCGACGUCAAGCAGCUAGCAGCCAAAUGUGAUGUGAUCACGUACGAGAUCGAGCACGUCGACACCAAGGUGCUGGAGGAGCUGGAGGAACAAAGACCACAUGUGGACGGCUCCACGUGGUCGAGAAUCCAGCCCAGUUGGCGGACAGUGCGGACGAUCCAGGACAAAUUUCUACAGAAGCAGCACUAUGCAAAAUACGGCCUCCCCACGGCUAAGUCCAUCGCAGUGGGCACUUGGCAUCCCCAAGGCCUGAAGGACAUUGCAGAGCAGCUGGGCUAUCCCAUGAUGCUAAAGUCCCGGACCGAAGCGUACGAUGGAAGGGGCAAUUAUCCGGUCCACUCGGUGAAAGACAUUGAACCGGCCCUUGCAGCUCUGAAAGACCGACCUCUGUACGCCGAGAAGUGGGCAAACUUCAAGAUGGAGUUGGCGGCAAUGGUGGUGAAGACUGCACAAGAAGCUGAUCUCGAUAGCUGGGAGAAGAAUACCCUCGCAUACCCAACGGUCGAAACAAUCCACGAAGACAGUAUAUGCAAACUGGUCUAUGCCCCCGCUCGAGAGGUCUCGAAGCAAGUCGCGAAAGCAGCACAAGAUCUUGCUCGACAGGCUGUGUCUACUUUUCUUGGUACUGGCGUCUUUGGAGUCGAGUUGUUCCUCCUCGAUGAUGACAGUCUGCUCAUCAACGAGAUCGCACCACGACCACAUAACUCUGGCCACUACACAAUCGAAGCAUGCCAUAUGUCACAGUACGAGGCGCAGAUCCGCGCUAUUCUUCCAGGUUUGGCGUCAAGGAUACCCGCUGGAGCGACAGAAUUGACAGUGAAGGCGGCUAUCAUGUUGAAUAUACUAGGCGGACCGCAACCUGACUCCCAUCUACUAGUCGCCCAGGCCGCUCUUGAUGUCCCAGGGGCCAGAAUCCACCUCUACGGCAAAGGUGAUGGGCGACCCGGCCGGAAAAUGGGCCACAUCACCAUCACGGGCUCGAGCAUAUCAGAGUGCGAAAUCAAGAUGCACCCUCUAAUCCAAUGGGCUGAUGCCGUGCGCUUGCACCGCGACGACAAAUCUUCUUCGUCAGCUGCCUCCAUUGCAGCAACGCAGGCGGAGCUCCUCAAGAAGAAUCCCGCACCAUCUCCGCGACCACUCAUCGCGGUGUGCAUGGGAUCCGAUACCGACCUCGCCACGCUGCGUCCUGGCCUCACACUGCUCGAUACCAUGAACAUCCCAUACGAAGUCCAUAUUACCUCGGCGCACCGCACGCCGCAGUACAUGCUCGACUUUGGCAAGAAGGCUGCUGCACGAGGCUUGAAAGCCAUCAUAGCAGCGGCGGGUGGCGCAGCACACCUGCCGGGGAUGAUGGCAUCGGAGACACCUGUGCCUGUAAUAGGCGUCCCUGUCAAAGCCAGCUCAAUGGACGGCCUGGACAGCCUCAUGGCUAUCGUGCAAAUGCCGCGCGGCAUUCCAGUCGCAACAGUGGGGAUUGGGAACAGUGUCAACGCAGCGAUUCUGGCGGCGAGGAUUGUGGGCAGUAGUGAGGAAAAGGCUAGGGAUUGGGUGGCGGAGCAUUUGAAGAAGAUGGAAGAGGAGAAUCUGGAGAAGGAGCAGCGGUUGCAGACCGAGGGGUGGAAGGUGUACAAGAAGGUGGACGAUGGCAGGCAUGUAUGA